CGGGAGCCUGUCUUCCAGCAAGGUGUCCCUGGCCGUGACUGGCGGCCGCGGUGGCCACCAUGAGCGAGCGGCCGGUGGCCGGCAACGCGGCUCACAGCGGCCGCAAGCCAUGCUCGCGCUUCCGCUUCUACAACCUCGGCUACUUCUUCUCGCUCAGCGGACUCAUGGCACUCUGCGAAAUAAUCCUCGGGAUGGCCAUCUAUGCGCUGCUCUGGGACUCGGCCAACGAGCUGGACAAGUUCCUGGUGACCGUGGCCUUCCUGCAGUGGAUGACCGGCCUCUACAUACAUGCCACGAUUGCAUUCUGCGCAACGGGCGCCCGGAUAAGAGGCCUUCUACUAUGGAACCUGCUACGUGGACCUCAGCGGAGCGACGCCAUAGCCACUAAGCGCCGGUUGCACGACUUUUGA